GGUGUGAUCGAGCCAAACAUGUCAGCGCCCACAAGUCAAUCGCGAUUGAAUAUAAAUUUCGUCCAAUUCCAUUUCAAAUUGUAACGGUAAAAUGUCUGAUGCGUGGAGUGAUAUCCAAGCUCUUAAACAUCUUGACCUUUCAUCGGCUGGAAGUGGUACUGGUCUGACAGACAUCCCAAGUGAUGGUUCUUCUGAGGCAAGACAAGUGUUGCGACAUGCAGAGAGUGCUGUGCAGCAGAAAAGGGAUAUUGCGUCCACCCUAUCUCUGGAUUCAAAAGAAGGAGUCGAGACACAUUUGUUGAAGGCAUUAUGUGAUGUUGGAAUAAGUCUACCUAUUGACUCUGUUCAGUUAGCUAGUAUAGCCAGCAAGGCUAUGUGUAGUGAUGUCACGAAGGAUACCGUAGAAAAUCUUUUAAAAAAAUUCGCAGCUCAGGGAGUAAUAAGUUUGAAAGAACAAAGUAAUGACAUGACUAUGGACCAACUUGUUGUGACUACAGCAGAACAUUCCAAGCUAGAGGCUAUGGUGGAUACUGAUAGUAAACCUAAGGAACCUGAUAUCGAGGAACCGGCUGAGAAACGAAUGAAGAAAGAUUGCGAGGCAAAUGUAGUUAACUCAAAGGAAUCUGUAACAGAAAAAUCAGAAAAGGUUUCUGGCAAAGGAAAGGACGCCCCAGAAGAUAUUCUUGAGAGUUUGCUAUCAAUGCGCUCUGCUAUGGAGAAGGAGACAAGAAAGAUGGGGGACGAGAUCUUAGAUCUACUCAGCAAACCAACGGCUAAAGAGAAAUCACUUCAAGAGCAGUUUAGAUCUGCUGGAGGUGCCCAAGUACAGGAGUUUUGUCAGCAUGGAACCAAACAGGAGUGCAUGAAGGAGAACAAGACAAGCAAACCUUGCAAUAAACUCCACUUUUGCAAAAUCAUUCACAAACAUACAGACGAAUCUCUCGGUGAUUGUUCGUUUCUGAACACAUGUUUUCACAUGGACUCAUGCAAGUAUGUACAUUAUGAAGUGGAUUACAGUGGCCAGAAUGCAGAGAGGCAAGACAAGAGAAUUGUACCCACAUCAGCAUUAUCUAAGCAACUUUUCGGAGAUGCCCAAUUGACACCACCACAGUGGAUCCAGUGUGAUGUGCGCUGCCUCGACAUGUCGGUGCUUGGAAAGUUCUCGGUGGUGAUGGCCGACCCUCCGUGGGACAUACACAUGGAGCUGCCAUACGGCACAAUGUCUGACGAUGAGAUGAGACACAUGGAUGUACAGUCACUGCAAGAUGAGGGCUUUAUCUUCCUCUGGGUUACAGGCAGGGCGAUGGAGCUGGGCAGGGAGUGCCUGCAGUUAUGGGGCUAUGACAGAUGUGACGAAAUCAUCUGGGUGAAGACAAACCAGCUUCAGAGGAUCAUACGGACAGGAAGGACAGGGCACUGGAUCAACCAUGGCAAGGAGCACUGUCUGGUUGGAAUAAAGGGUAAUCCUGCAGGUGCUAAUAGAGGCCUUGACUGUGAUGUAAUAGUAGCUGAGGUUCGUGCCACUAGUCACAAACCGGAUGAGAUCUACGGGAUUAUUGAGCGACUUUCUCCAGGAACGCGCAAGAUAGAGCUGUUUGGGCGCAUGCACAACGUCCAACCAAACUGGAUCACUCUAGGAAAUCAACUGGAUGGCACACAUAUUAUUGACCCGGAGGUGGCUGAUUUCUACAAGAUGUACCCAGAAGGAAUAGCCAUGACGAGAACGCAGCCACACUGAUUUCACAUGUAGAGAACGAGUUAUCUGGACUCGCAUCACAUUAGGUGGCUGACAAUAAUUACCUCCGCCCAGGGGUUGGCAGGAGGUUAUGUUUUCACCGGCGUGUGUUUGACUGUUUGUUUGUUUUGUGG